AGUGUCUUGCCGGAAUUAAAUUUGACGAAUUUUCACAAAAACUGGAAUGACGGACGAGCACUGAAUGCGCUUCUGGAUUAUUGCGAACCAGGAUUGUGUCCGAAUUGGAAAGAUCUGGAUCCGGCGAACAGUGAACAACACUGUGAAGCAGCAAUUCGGCUCGCUGAGGAACAUUUCAAAAUUCCCGGAAUUUUGUCGGCAUGCGAUAUGUCCUCACCGGAUUUGGAUGAAUUAUCCUGCAUCACCUAUCUGUCAUAUUUUGUGAAAAUUGCGGCACCGGGAUAUAAUGCCACACUGCGCCAUGUCCGAAAGGCACUAGGUGGGAAAAUCACUGGCGUUUUUGACGGUAGUUGUGGCAGUAGCACUACACAUGGACGAUCUAUCAAUAAUAUUCAGAAAGAGAUUGCUAGGAAUGUCUGGAGUACGCUUGGCGACCAUCCUUGA